ACGCUGUGGUUACAAGCUGUGGGCCUUUCAUCCGUGCAUUUUAUUGCAAUAGAUUGCAUCAUUAAUUUUCUCCUUCUCUCUCUUCCUCUCAAAUCCAGAGAGUUUCCAGGAUGCGGGAACAUAGUGACGUUUGCACAGUUCUUAUUCAUAGCAGUGGAAGGCUUUAUCUUUGAAGCCAAUUUUGGAAGGAAGCGGCCGGCCAUUCCAAUAAGAUACUACCUGAUCAUGGUGGCCAUGUUCUUCACAGUCAGCGUAGUGAAUAACUACGCCCUGAAUCUAAACAUAGCCAUGCCACUGCACAUGAUAUUCCGAUCCGGCUCUCUAAUAGCCAGCAUGGUUCUAGGUAUCAUCAUUUUGAAAAAAAGGUACAGCGUGUCCAAAUACACAUCCAUCGCCCUGGUGUCAGUGGGGAUCUUUGUCUGCACUUUCAUGUCUGCCAAACAAGUGGCUUCUCAGUCCAGCUCCGGCGAAGAGGACGGACUCCACGUCUUCCUGUGGUGGCUGUUAGGUAUCGCAGCCCUGACCUUCGCCCUCCUUAUGUCGGCCAGAAUGGGGAUCUUCCAAGAGACCCUCUACAAGCAGUUUGGGAAGCAUUCCAAGGAGGCGCUGUUCUACAAUCACGCUCUGCCUCUCCCUGGCUUCCUCCUCCUCGCCCCGGACAUCUACGCCCAUGCUGUUCUCUUCAGCCAGUCUGGUGAGUUUUCUUUGGGCAAAUGCAUUCGGGGCGUCUUCACCCUCACCACGGAGUGCCCCUCCCUCACCGUCACCCUGGUGGUGACGCUGCGCAAGUUCGUCAGCCUCAUCUUCUCCAUCCUGUACUUCCGCAACCCCUUCACUGCCUGGCACUGGCUCGGCACCUUCUUCGUCUUCGUGGGCACCCUCCUGUACGCCGAAGUGUGGAGCAGCCUGGGGGCCGGGCGGAGGGAGGAGGCCAAGGAGGAGUGACAGGCUGCCUCCGCUAGGACCUUUUGGAUGGUUUUACAGGACGAAACGCCGAGGGGUUGGUUCUAUAAUACAGACGAGCUGCUGGCAGGGCCGAGCUGCUGGGAAGCUGGCAGCCCCC